CUGAUGCGCCCUGCAGGCAGGACUCUGCCAGCCCCUCGUUCUUCCCCAGCCGCUGCCCCUGGAGGUUACUGGACCUGCGCUGCGUUCAGCGCGGCCUCGUUGAAGGUUCGAACCCGUUCCGUCUGUUUGAACAGACGGUGAUCGUUUCCUUUUGAAACACCUAUUGAGGUGUUUUGCCAGGAGAAUCCCUGUUCGGUCGCAUUGGCGAGUGCUGAUGGAGAAAUUAGUGUCUGCUCAAACUGAUGCUAUGAAAUUUCUGUUGGUUUUUGAUUUUGACCAUACAAUCAUAGAUGAAAAUAGUGACACCUGGAUUGUGAAAUGUGCUCCUGAAAGAAAACUUCCUAAUGGAUUAAGAAACUCUUACCAACCAGGACAUUGGACAGAAUAUAUGGGCAGAGUCUUUGUCUACUUGGGAGACAAUGGUGUCAAAGAAGAUGAGAUGAAAAGAACUAUGACAACAAUUCCUUUCACUGCGGGAAUGAUAGAUCUUCUGGGAUUUAUUGGCGAGAACAAGGAGUUGUUUGAUUGUAUAAUUGUUUCAGAUUCUAAUACAGUAUUUAUUGACUGGAUUUUGAAAGCUGCUGACUUCCAUAAAGUGUUUGAUGAAGUGUUUACAAACCCUGCAGCAUUCAGCAGUACUGGCUAUCUUACUGUACAGCACUUCCAUGCUCACCAUUGUGCAAAAUGCCCUAAAAACCUUUGCAAAAGGAAAGUUUUAAAAGAAUUUCUAGAUAAACAGUUGGAGAGAGGAGUGAGUUAUACACAAAUUAUAUAUAUAGGUGAUGGUGGGAAUGACUUAUGUCCAGUAAUGUUUUUGAAGAAGAAUGAUAUUGCUAUGCCCAGGCAGGGGUAUACCUUGGAGAAAAGGAUUUCUCAACUGGCCCAAAGUCUCAGUCCUGUACAGUGUUCUGUUCUGGUUUGGUCAUCUGCAAUCGACAUUAUGUCUUACCUGAAAUUACUUAUAAAGGAAUGAUUCAAAUGAUAAAAGGAAACUGAUGCAGUUACAUUUUAGCUUAUUGGGAGAGAAAAACUGCAUGUGUAUAAAAGCUCAAAAUUGUAAAAUUGGACUAUUUUCUGAAAUUAUGGGGUUUUUAACCACAACAUAAAACUGUUUAUGUUCAAUCCUGGUGAUAAUGGGAAAGUGCAGUAAAAAAGGCCUUCUAACACAGUACAGAUUCCAACAUAAGUGGAGAAGGGGUGUUGGGACAGGACUUGUCAUUAGUUUUUGGCUAUUCCCUCCCCUCCAACCCUUUACAAGUAUAUAGCUGAUAUAUACUUGCAAUCCCACACACUUAGGGGAAGGAGUAGGAUUCCUGUUCAAAAGAAUGAAAUUCUUUAUUAGAAAACAUUAGGUGCCAGGAGCACCUAGGUUCUAGACCUGUUGGCUUUUAUGCUUCUCUGAUCUCAUGGCAAAUUAUUUGCUUGUAAUCUUGUUUAAUCCAAAGAUGCACUUAUAUUUUCAAUCGAUUAUUUUACCAAGCAAAAUUACUUUUUAAUACUUUGUAUUAUCUUGUAUUGUAAAGACAAUAAAAGUUGCUGUCGCUGACAAAUGCAACACAA